CUUGUCACACCCCGCGUCGACGCGUUCCAAGAUCCUAAAAUCUCAAGUUAGGCUUGCACAACCUGUGGACUUUUCCCCCUCUUGACAUCGCUUGUUAGAUCCAUCCAUAUACUACCUAUCUAGCCAGGAUUAGAUUCCAGUAAUUUACAAAUAUGGCAGAAGAGUAUGAGGAAGGUGCUGGAGAUGAGAGCGGAAUGACUGGCCCUGGCGCGCCGACGCCUAUCUUCGCUUUAGAUGGCCUCGCGGGCUUAACGAAGCGCGAUUGUCAGCUUCUAGCAGAUGGCGGCUACCAGACUGUUGAAUCAGUCGCCUAUACCCCUAAGCGCGCUUUGGAAUUAGUAAAGGGUAUAUCCGAGCAGAAGGCUACUAAGAUCCUUGCAGAAGCUUCCAAGCUCGUGCCCAUGGGCUUCACAACCGCAACAGAGAUGCACCAACGGCGUAGUGAACUAAUCUCCAUCACCACGGGAUCGAAGAAUCUAGACACACUACUCGCCGGCGGUGUCGAAACUGGUUCAGUAACCGAACUCUUCGGCGAGUUCCGUACCGGAAAGAGUCAAAUCUGCCACACUCUCGCGGUUACGUGUCAGCUUCCCUUCGACAUGGGCGGCGGCGAGGGAAAGUGUCUAUAUAUCGAUACAGAAGGCACCUUCCGUCCUGUCCGUCUCCUUGCCGUGGCCAACCGGUACGGUCUCUCCGGCGAGGAGGUCCUGGAUAAUGUUGCGUAUGCACGAGCAUACAACUCCGACCACCAGCUACAGCUACUAAACCAGGCUGCAUCAAUGAUGUGCGAGACACGGUUCUCGUUGCUCAUCGUAGACAGCGCUACAUCCCUCUACCGCACAGAUUUCCUCGGUCGAGGAGAGCUGUCCUCGCGACAAACCCACUUGGCAAAGUUCAUGCGCACCUUACAGCGACUGGCCGACGAAUUUGGAAUAGCCGUGGUCAUCACGAACCAGGUGGUAGCCCAGGUCGACGGCGGCCCUAGUGCCAUGUUUAACCCAGACCCGAAGAAGCCGAUCGGCGGUAACAUCAUCGCACACGCCAGCACGACGCGAGUUAGUUUGAAGAAGGGCCGCGGCGAAACCCGUAUUGCGAAGAUUUACGAUAGUCCAUGCUUACCGGAGAGUGAUUGUCUAUUCGCCAUUACUGAGAGCGGUAUCGGUGAUCCAGCUCCGAAGGAUAUGGAGAAGGAUUAAUAGCUCAUCUUACUACUUCUAUAUUCAGGAAUGAUGGAACGGGAAACGCAACGACUAGCUACGGGAUACGAUUUGGCUUUUUUACUCGACAGGCAUGCAUGGCUUCGGCGUUCAGAAGGGGGGUUUGACUGCAUGCUUGAGGCUUCGUUUUAUCGCAAUCGUCUAUUAUGCUUUCUAUGUAUUGGAAGCAUCAUAUCUUAAGGCUAACAGGUGUAAGAUGGCUUUGCUUUACUAUCUUACCUCUGCAAGACAUAAUUGCUUUAAUAAAUUUAUGAAGUUGAUUCUCCCACCGGGGAAUGUGACAUGGCAGCCCGUAGAUCGCACAGGGGCAGAUGUCGGGCAUCAGCCCCUCGCUAGCGCUUCGAUAAUCUGACGCCAAUCUCACUAAAGAUCUGGUCUAGAACAAA